UAUUUUGACAUUUCAGUCAGACGCUUGCCACGUAUAUGUAUUGCGUCUGAUGACUCUGAUCUUGUGAACUUCACAACAUUAAAAUAUUUUUACCGAGAAAACGAUCGAAAACAACAUAAUCAAUAUUGUAUAUUUCUGAGACCACCAAGUGCUGACCAGAAAUGUACAACGGUAUAGGUCUGCAGACUGCCAGAGGCAGUGGGACCAAUGGCUAUGUUCAGACAAACAAGGCUUUUGUGCGCCACCACAAGGACAGGGUUGAUUACAAGUCUGAGGAGGAAAUCAAAAAGUUGGAGGCUCAGAUGAUCAAACAGCCAAACAAGGAAAUCCUUGACCAUGAGCGCAAGAGGAAGGUGGAGCUCAAGUGCAUGGAAAUGGAAGAGCUCAUGGAGGAACAAGGUUACACAAAGGAGGAGAUAGACAGUAAGGUUGCACUUUUCCGCAAGAUGUUGAUGGACAAGGAGGGUGUGCAGGAAGGAUCUUCUGUGGAGAAAGACGAGUUUGGACGACCAAUUGCCAAGCAGACGCACCAGAUAGCAGAGGCAACAGCGGAGAAGAACGCACGUUUGAAGGAGGCUUUUGGCAUCAGUGACUACUAUCAAGAUGGCAGCUCCUUUGAUCCCAAUAGGAAGGCCAAAGAGGAAGCAGCCAAGGCCUUGGCAAUGGCACACAAAAAAUAUGCAAUCGUGCAGGAUUCUGACUCUGCAUCAGAAACUUCUCCCAGCCCAUCACCACAGAAACAAAAAAAGAAGUCAAGGGACAAGAGUGAAUCAGUGGAAAGAAAGUCAUCUAAGAAGAAGAAAAGCAAAAAGCAUAGGAACGAUCGGUCAGAAAGUAGAAAAAGCAAGAAACGAAAGAAUAAGCAUAAGAAAAGAGAUUCUGGUGAGAAACGUAAGAAACACAAGCGCCACACGUCCCCUUCUUCUGACUCCGAGUCCAGCACAGAUGAUGACAAGAAAGGCUCUGGCGAGUCUGAGGAGGAGGAGGCAUCCCAGCCCCACAAGUCUCCAGAGAAAGUACGGGAACAAGUCUUGAAAUCGGGCUCAGCUGAAAGGAGACCGAGACAGGAAGUUAAAGGUCGCAGUGGGUCCCUGUCCUCCCUCGCCUCUAGCCCCUCCCCCUUCUCCACCACGGACCCACAGUCCCUUGCCUGGACAGGGUAGGCAUAGUUCCUCACCAGGCCACCGUAGCCCUGAUACACGGCAGCCGCAUAAACGGUCUCUCACACCAAGAAGUGGCAGCAACAAACACAUAAGAGAUUCAAGGUCACCAAAGAAAACAAGGUCACGAUCAGACUCUAGAGGUCGCAGAGGGUCCAAGCAUGACAAAUCUGACUCAGAUAGCAAAAGUAGGUCACGUGAGCGUGAAUCUCGGAGUCCAUCAAUUCGCCGACGUAAAGGGUCGCCAAGUCAUCUUGACAGACGCAGAAUAACUAGGUCAGGGUCACCUGAAUAUAGGCAGGGGUCAAGGUCAAAUACACAGAGGUCACCUAGAAGGUCACCAAGCCCUUACCAGAGGUCGAGAAAUAGAAACUGAAAGCGGAUAAAAUUGUGCACGUAAACGCCCAGUCCCUUAUCCACCGCCCCACCCCGCCCCUCUCGAGUUCAUGAAAGCGAGGAUGACCACUACCCCACCCACUAUCGCCACAGCCAUUCCCACAGCCCAGCCCUGCGGCGGAGAUCUUCCCACAGACACAGCAACCAUCGACAUAGUCAUAGCACUGACAGGGAGGAUAGUUACAGAUGAAUAAUGGACUUGAUUCAUUGAGUCGCGUUCUGAGAAAACUGGGCAUAAUGCAUGUGCGUAAAGUGUCAUCCCAGAUUGGCCUGUGCAGUCCGCACAGGCUUAUCAGGGACGACACUUUCCCCCUAAAUUGGAUUUUUUCUAAGAAGAGACUUCAUUUAAACGAAACAUGUCAUAAAAGCGAAAAAGUGUCGUCCCUGAUUAGCCUGUGCGGACUGCACAGGCUAAUCUGGAACGACACUUUACGCACAUGCAAUUAAGCCCAGUUUUCUCAGAACGCGUCUCUAUUGAUUAAUUUAUCAAAAUAUAAGUCAUUUGAUGUGUUGUUGAGAGAUGGAAAACUUUGUGUUGUUGGUAAUGAUUAUUUAAUAUCCUUCUAGAAUAUUCACAGUAAUAAACAAAACAAGAUGUUAGUACUCCAAACUUUGUGGAUUUAAUAUGAAAAUGCAUUUUGAAUACUUGAGAAAACAAGUAAAUGUGACUUGAAUAAAGUUUGUGUUUUAAUUUAUAAUGUAAAAUCCAGAAAAAUUCAGUAAAUGCUUAACAAAACAAAUAAUAAUAAAUCGCCUUCAAAUUGAAUGUAAUUGAAUCAUAUUGUGUACCAAAAAUGUUUCCAUUUUCUUAUUAUCUCUAGUCAUGCUGUUACUUGUGAUUAUGUCAAUGGUUGUAUUUGUGGAAACAUCAGCUUCUAGAUGCUAUUUAUUUAUGAUAAUUGUUGUUUUUUUAUAAAAAAAAUUACGUCUGACAUUUGAUGAUGCUUAAUUCAACUGGGUGAAUAACGCUUUCACAGGAAACUUGCUUAUGAUUUACAAUACAGGUGGGGUCAGACACAGAACAAAAGUAAUUUGUUUUUAUAACAAGCAUAUUCUUCUGAUAUAGCACUUCUUCUAAAUAGAAGAGUUUGUGUCGGCAUCUAAUGGUUAAGGGGGGACUGUUUAAAGGUUCUCAGCAUUAGCUCUAGCACAUGUUUGAAAUAAGUGUUCUGCCUCGUAAUGUUAAGGCAAAUGUAAGAUACUUUGUUUUAUAAUCGUUCUACAAAAGCCAAAUAUUGUCUUAUAUUACUUUUAAUAGUAACAAAAUAAUGUAGUGAGCGGGCCAUUAAUCGUAUCUAGAAGGACAAUAUAAAUAAUAUUUGUCCACUUAGCCUGGUCGAUUUUUUUGUAUCUGAGAAGAAUUGAAGUUUGCCGCUUCAACUGAACAAAAUGACGGCCAAAUUCUGUAUUGCCAUAAUUGAUAAAUAAAAUAAAUCCAUAAAUCAGCAAAUAAGUAUAAACUGAUGAUAAUUAAACGCAUUGCCAAAUUGUGCUUCUAAGAAUAUUGGUUGCAACUGAAACUGAUUACACCAUUCGAGCUUUAACAGGAGUCACACACACAAAUUUAGUAAAACAACACACUUACCUCAAUGACAAGUUUAAUCCAAUGCGUAUAACAAUGUAAUUACAACAAGAUGCACUUCCAUUUUGACUGAACAAAAUAGGAUGAUAUGUAAUAUAAGCAAUGUCUCGCGGCAGCGCUGGGCCGAUCUUCUAUAAUUUGCCCUAGCCGCAGAAUGUCCAUCAGGCUCAAAACCCUCGGGCCAUUACUACAGCAGAGGGCAAAUCAUAGAGGUCUGGCCCAGCUCUACCGUGUGUAAUUGUCUGAUUAUCGCUGAAGUAAUGUGUGAACCGUAAGCUGUGGUUUCAAUUAUCAGGUGAAAUUUCAAAGUGACUGUAAUGGUUGUCAACUUUUCUGAAAAUGUUCAUCACAUAAUCAGGGUAAUUUUGUGGAUUAUCAGAGAUAAUUGUAUAUCUCAAGUUUCAGUUUCAAAUCUUACUUUAAAGUAGUUUUUUAGAAGCUGUACUGCAAUAUUAGAAUAUGGCGGGAUAUAAGAUAGCGAAUGAAAUCGAAUACAUUUUAAGUCACUUAAAUAUGUGGCACUAUAAAAAGAAAUUUUGUAUAAUAUGACCAUGUAUGAGUAGGUAUUGGUUUGAGCAUAAAUAUUUCAUCUUUGUGCUGACUUUAUGUGCAAUUGUUAAUUGCACAUGCCCUAGUAAAUCGGGCUAUAAUUUAUGUACAGUGUUUUAUUAAAAUGUUGACCUGUCUUCUCAUUAUGUAUUUUUCUUUUCAAUGUUUUUCAUUGUAAAUAUUUCAUGAAAAGACUAAGCAUUAGGGAAAUCACGAUAACUUAAAAAAAAAUCUAAAAACUUAUUUCAUGUGUACACAUGAGCCUCAGCAUGUGAAAAUAAGUAUUACCAGGUAUGCCCUAUGCUACCAUGGUAGCUCCAGACUAGCCUGCGCAGUAGAGCAGACUUGUCAGGAGCUACCUUGUCCCUUGUAAAGUCACAAAGUCAUGUAGUCCAACAAGCAGACAAUAUGACUCCUGUUCAGAGUUUACAGAUGCAGAUUUAGAUCAGGAGCAACACUUUUCAAAUAUGUCUGAAUGCCCUUUUUCGCAUUCUUAAAAUACAUACAGUUUUUGUACCUGAUCUAAUCAAGCUGCACACAGGCAUACUUGGGUUUAAUGAAUGUGUUAAAGAAUUGUCCCAUAUUAGCCUGUGCAAUCUGUAACCUGGGAUGACACUUUCCGCUUUUAAUAGAUUUUCAUUUAGAAGAAACUUUCUUUUAACGAAAAAUUCCAUAAAACUGUUAGGUGUUGUCUUAGAUUAGCCUGUGGGUACGACAUUGUCAAUCUGGGACUAUAGUUUCACUCGAACAUUAAGCCUUUAUUAUAGGGUAACAAACAUUUAAUCCUGACCAUUAAAAAGGUCUGCACAGCAUGGAUGAACUGGCUUUAGUUGAAUCAAGUCAUUUAUGGUCAAAUCAAUUCCUUAGUUAGAAAAUUCUGCAAUGGUUGGAUAAAUCACACAACAGUUGAAUAAAAAAUCAUUUACAUUGUCAGUUGGGACAUGCUAUGGUUCGCAUCAUAUUAUGCUGUUAAAUGCUUCAAAGUGUUACAUAUCUUAACUUAUCCCUGUUCAUGUGUAUUCAACUGUAAUAUUUGAGGUAAUGUGAUGGCUUUAAGCUUUUCAUAUUGUUUCCUUACAAUUUUUUAUGGUAGAAUGUGCUGAAUGUUCUUCAUCAUCACAGAACUGUGAGUGUACAUAACGUAAGGUAGAUACAAAUGUACCAUUACAUGUAUUGUUCUCAUUGUGUAUGGUUGGAUUUUUGUUUAGGAGAGACUUCCUUUAAUUAUUUUAUAUAUAUAUACAAGCGAUAAGUGUUGUACCUGAAAGACUUGUGCAGACUGUACAGUCUAAAAGUUAUAAUACUGUAUGCACAUGCAUUAACCCUUUGCAUGCUGGGAAAUUUGUCGUCUGCUAAAAUGUCUUCUGCUGAAUUUCUAAAAUUAGCAUUUUCUUUCAUUUUUUUCAAACAAUACUAUCAGAAUAGCAAACAGUUUGGAUCCAGAUGAGACGCCACGUUCUGUGGCGUCUCAUCUGGAUCCAAACUGUUUGCACAGGCCUUCAAAAUUCGGUUCCCGCACUGAAAGAGUUAAGUCAAGGAGUGCGAUUCACACUGUUCUGCUUGUACUCAUGUUUCUUGUAUGGAAAGUUAUUGUUCAUUACUUUGCACUAAUUCAUUUCAUUUAAGGCAACAUAUUGUCUUGAAAAUACAACAUGUUGAAAUCUUGUAUUUAAUUUAUUGACUGUUUUGUUUUAGGAUAUAGGGCUCUAAAGUGUUAUGUGCAGUUUUGAAUAUUACGCUAAUUGUAAUCAACAAGGUGAAGUUUUAUCGCAACAAUUGCUCAAGAUUCUUCAUUGAAAUACUUAAUUCACUAUAUUAUAACUAACAAAUCAUGACUUGAAUCUUGCCAAAACUGUACAAUAUAUAAUAUGAUUAUCUAUGAAACUGUAUUAUUGAAAUACUGCCCAUAUUUUUGACAAAUUAAAUUUAAAGGUGGAAAUGGUUUUAAAGGGCUGCUGGCGUCUCAUGAUUGUGGUAAUAAAUGUAUUGCAUGCAGUGUAUUAAUUUUAAUGAAACAUUUUGUAAACAAUGCAAGCUGUUUUGAAAUAAAAAAGUGAACUGAA